AAAUCAAGGGUUUUCAUUUUCGUGCAUUUUUUUAAAAGUUUCUUUCUACUGAAAGAUGCCGGACCUUGGAAAUCUUUCUCAUUCUUCAUCUCUCCCUCUAUCUUAUUGUCCUAACUUGAGGCCUCUUUCUGUUGACUCUACCGAUUCUCUCGAUGCUUUUGACGAUGCCACUUUCAAAACCAUAGAUGUAAACGGCAAGUGGGACCAGAGUUUGGUCCAAAAACGCGUGGCCUACAGUAGUAAUGGAAUUAAAGUUUUGAAGAAAGUGAAGAAAGGGUCUAAUGGAAAGGUACUGGAGGAUUAUUUGAGAGAUUGGGUUCAGAGGAAGAUGGAAUCUGGUCUCCCCCAGUCUUGUUAUUUUCUUCCAUUUCUUGUAGGGGCUAAGAGAUUGGUUGAAUGUCUCGAUUGCCAUAAGCAUAUCUACCCAGGGGAGGAGGUCAUAUGUACAGUUCGUGGCUGUCAAGGAGUUUAUCACAAAACAUGUGCUGAAGAAAGUCUGAGGAUGUCCAAUCCAAAAAAAUUUCAGUGUCCACAGCAUGUAUGCUUCGUUUGCAGACAGAGAUUACAAUGGCGAUGUCUAUGUUGUACGAUGGCAUCCCAUGAUAAAUGCUCCCCUUGGCCGGAUGCAGUGAUUCAUUUGAAGGACAAACCAGGGAGAGCAAUUUGUUGGAGGCACCCAACUAACUGGCGACUAGAUAAGAAGCAUGCAGUUCCAGCAACUGAAAUAGAGGAAGUUUUCUGUCAAUUGCCUUUACCUUACAUGGAUGAGGAGUUCAAGCUUGACAUGACAUGGAGAGAUUUAGUGGAGAAUAAAUUUGAUCCACCUCCUUAUGUCCACAUCAAGCGAAAUGCUUACCUAGUGAAGAAGAAGCGUGAUGAUGUUGUUGAUGAUAUUGGAUGCUCCAGUUGUAGUUCCACAUGCUCUGAAGAUUGUGUAUGCAGAGUUCAAUGCAUAAGCUGCUCAAAGGCUUGCCGCUGCCCUGAAUCUUGCACCAAUAGACCAUUUAGCAAGGAGAAAAAGAUCAAAAUUGUCAAGACUGAACUUUGUGGCUGGGGAGUAGAGGCAGCUGAACCUAUUAAAAAAGGAGAUUUUGUAAUAGAGUAUAUUGGAGAAGUUAUUGAUGAUGCUCAGUGUGAAAAGAGGCUCUGGGACAUGAAAUACAAAGGGGUGAAGAAUUUUUACAUGUGUGAAAUUCGAAAAGAUUUCACAAUCGAUGCAACUUUCAAAGGAAAUACAUCUCGUUUUCUAAAUCACAGCUGUGAUCCGAAUUGUGUUUUGGAGAAGUGGCAAGUGGAAGGGGAGACACGUGUUGGGGUGUUUGCUACUCGAUCAAUCGAAGUUGGUGAGCCACUGACGUAUGACUACAGAUUUGUGCAGUUUGGACCAGAAGUGAAGUGCCAUUGCGGUGCUUCCAAUUGUCAAGGUUAUCUGGGGACCAAGAGAAAAAUCGUUAAACUUGAUGAUCUAUGCUGGGGCUUGAAACGCAGGAGAACUUCCACUGCUUGCUUAGCCAUCUUAACCAUAUAGUUUGUGUACCAACUUGGCUUCUUUGUUGUAUAUUAAUCAACCAUGGCAGAGGGAAGAUGAAACAACCAAGAUAAGUGAGUCAAAGCAUGAACAUGCUUGAAAAAAAAUGAAAAGUGUAGUUUUUUUUGUGUUUCCACAAGCUAAUUUGAUUGUACUACUAACGCCUAGUUUGCAAAGGCAUUGUUGUAAUUUGUGGAUCUUGUACACGGGAUUGGAUGAGAAAAAUGAAAAUGACCGUAUCAGGCAUUCAACAUUUAUAUUC